AUGCAAGGCACGGCGCGCCCGACGAAGGAGACGGAGAUACCGAGCUGGUGGCAGGGGCAGAACGGCGGUGGGGUUAGCCAAGCGGCGGCGACACCCACCCGCCGGAACUCAGAUGCCGGGGGCAUUACGGGGCGCCGGGCGUCCAUGGAGGGCCGGCGGUCUCUCGACGCCCGGCGGCUGUCGUUGCAAAUCGACGGCAACAGCGCCGCGUCGAUCAGAUGGAAGGAAGCGUUCCACAAGGUGAAGCUGAUGAGGCGCGCCUCAAGUGGCUUCAACACGCUGCGGGACAUGUUCAGUGACUUCAUUUUGGACACCUCGAAGCUGCGGCCUGUUCGCGUGCUCGGAAAAGGUGGGUUCGGAUCCGUCGAACUGAUGGAGUACCAGGUCAACGACGAGUCCGUCGUCCCCCUGGCGAUCAAAAUGCUGCGGCCUGAGACGCUGUCUCGCAUCGCCAUUCAGGACUUCCUCAACGAGCUGUCGCUGCUGAAGAAGUUGUACCACCCCAAGAUCGUGUGCUUCCGCGGCAUCGGCACCGUCACGGGGCAGCCGCUCAAUCUGAUGGACCUGUCGGACGUGCGCAUCGACGAGAUCUUCCUCGCGCAAGAGUUCUGCGGCGGCGGGACGAUCAAGAAGCUGCUCAUCCACCAGAUGGACUUUGGGCAGGACCGCGAGUUCUACACCAUCGCCGACGCUCUGCGGUGGAUGCUCGACAUCGCCGAGGGCCUGGCCUACCUGCACAACGUCUCGCCCGCGGUGAUCCACCGCGACCUGAAGCCGGAGAACGUCCUUCUGGACACCAGGAAGGCCUCGGAGGCGACGGCGAAGCUCGUCGACUUUGGGCUGGCCAAGAUGUACAACCGCCAGGCGUUGAUGGACUCGGUUGCGCGGGCCCUUGCAACCCACGGUGUCGACAUCAAGGAGAAGAGUCCCAAGGAGGUCGACCGUGUGCUCCGGAGGCUCUCGCAACAGUCAAAUCGCGCGUCGGGCGAGAGUGCCCGCGAGGGGAGCGACUCGGGCCCGCACGUGCGGCUGAGGCCGAUCAAGCAGGACUCGAAGCCGUACAUCCCGAUGGACCUCACUGGACAGACAGGAUCGAUGUUGUACAUGGCACCGGAAGUGUUCUUGUCACAGCCCUACAACGAGAAGGUGGACGUCUUCUCGUUCGCGAUGGUGUCGUUCGAGAUGCUCUGGCGGCAACUGAUGUGCGUCGCGUACGACCUGAAGACCCGCCAGGACUACCAGAUGCAUGCGUGCAAGGUGUCGCAGGGCUGGCGGCCUGAGAUCCCCCCGACCUGGCCGAAGCCGGUUGCACAGCUCUUCACCGAGUGCUGGGCUCAGGGGGCGUCCGAGCGGCCGUCGGCCAACCACCUGGUGGAGAUGAUGCAGCAGCUGCUGACCAACAAGCAGGUGUGCAAGUGGGCCGACAUCGACAUCAGGAAAGCGAAGAACAAGAGGUGCAACGUCCAGUGA